UGAGAGCGUUCGGCGUCUGAUUAAUUUUUGUUGGGGGAGGUGUCCGCGUAGAUUGCUCGUUAAAUUCUUAAAUGCGUGUUUCUUCUGUUGCGAAAGAGAUCGAUUCCUCACACACUCAAAAUGUGGAGGUUUUCUGUCGUGUCAAGCCCUAUUUUUCUCAGGAAAUUCCUUGUAUUGAGGUUUGUGAUGAAAAAACCAUAAAGUCUGUUGGUCACCGCUCCGGAACUCGUAAAGAAACUUCGCAUACAUUCACUUGUGUUUUGCCUCCGGAUGCAGGACAAAGUCCUGUAUUUCAAAAAGUUGCAUUCCCAAUUGUCACGGACUUUCUACAUGGGAAAAAUGGUUUACUGUUCACUUAUGGGGUUACUGGAAGUGGGAAAACCUACUCUAUGGAAGGAUCCUCAAAGGACCCUGGCAUUCUACCACGUUCACUUGAUGUUAUCUUUAAUUCGAUUGGACAGUUCCAGACCAAAAAAUAUGUUGUGAAACCCGAUGGUGUAAAUGGUUUUAUUAUUCAAUCGGAGGCAGAUGCGCUCAUGGAUCGUCAUCGAUUUGAUUUCCAGCAGCGUUCACGCUUCCCAAAAUCUGAUGUAAAGUGUGUAAACAAAGUUGAGCGAACUUGUGAAUCAACAUGUGUGAAUAUCCCAUGGAAGUCAUUGUUUGCUGUCUUCAUAUCCCUUAUUGAAGUUUAUAACAACAGCAUAUACGAUCUACUUCAAGAUGUUUCAGACCUACCAGGAAGGAACUUAACAACCCGAAUAUUACGAGAAGACUCCCAAAGAAAUGUAUACGUCUAUGGAGGGGUUGAGGUUGAAGUUAAGUCGGCAGAAGAGGCUCUUGAAGUGUUUUGUGCAGGUCAAAAGCGUCGUCGAAUAGGGCAGACCGCUCUAAAUGUUGAGUCCAGUCGAAGCCAUUGUGUAUUCACCAUUCGGUUGGUGAGGACGGGUUACGAUACCAAGUAUGAUGAGGCUGUUCAAGAUAAGGAAUCUGUUGUCAUCAGUCAUUUAUGCCUUGUGGACCUUGCUGGCUCUGAACGUACAAGCCGAAGUGGAACGCAAGGAAAUCGCUUGAAGGAAGCAUCCAACAUUAACAAUUCUCUAAUGAAUCUUCGGAAGUGCAUCAAAGCCUUACGUGAUAUUCAAACUAAUGGAAUUAAAAGUCGUGGAAACGCAGCUACUCCUGUUGGGCACGCACGUGUCGUUCCUUACCGUGAUGCUCGGUUAACAUACCUUUUUAAGAACUUCUUUGAGGGUGAUGGUCGUGUUGCAAUGCUUGUUUGCAUUCAACAAGCACCAGAAGAAUACGAAGAGACUAUGCAUGUUCUUAAAUUUGCUGAGACAAGUCAAGAAGUAACAACCUACCGCAAUAUCACUCAGCAAACUCCUUGCCGUACACCCUAUGGUCAUGGUCGUCCACGACUACAAACUCCCUUGCGUGUUUCUGACGAUUCUUCAAGUACAACAGAGAAUUCUGUCUUGACUUUCAAUAUUGAUGAUCAAGCAACUCAAAUUUUCGCUGAUUUGGAAUUUCUGGAUCGUCAGAUUACUUCUUCUUUAAACAAAAUGUCGAAUGGCGACAGUUUCGUUGGCCUAAAUCUGGACUUCGAUAUAACUGAUUUCAAUGAUUCUGAUAUACGCGCUGGUCUUGGUUUACAGGAUCAAACUUCCGAUCCGUCUGUCUAUUCAAGUGAACAAGAUUCAGCACCUGAACAUGACAAGCUACCAAGACCAUUCCUUGAUUUGAAAAUGAUUGAUACAAAUCCUCUUCGAGUUUUGAUUAAUAAUCGAUUAGAACGUAAAAAGCAGGCUUAUGAUUCCUUGCAAGCAUUAUUUUCUAAUCUUCAGGCUGUAUUUAUCGAAAUGUCAAACACCGAAAAGCGUACCAGUGCAGAAGUUGUAACAACAAAUCAAUCAAAACCCGGAAGAAAUUUAGUCAGUGCAUUAUCCAAACAGUGGGAAUCACGACUUGCUCAACAACAAGCUGAAGCAAAAUUACUAUCACGUCCUAAUCAUAAUCAUAUUAAAAGAACUGAUGACAGAGUUGCAUUAACUCCUGGAAAACCAAAUGAAAGACGUGCUGCUCCAGCAUUCAACCCUCGUCAUCGUCGAUCUCGAUCAGUGGGUGGAGAUAAUGCACGUUGGUUAGAGCAUCAAGAAGUUAAUAACACACCUUUGGGGACACUGUUUACACCAACUUUGAAACAUCGAAAAUCUGUAACACGUGUUGAACUGAAAGAUACUUUAAAUGCAGAUAAUUAUCUUCUACAUCAUCAAGAAGCAGAUUCAGAUGGUAAUGUGGAAACAAGUCUUUUUAAAGGUGCCAUUAUUCCUACUGCUGGUGGAGGUUCGGCUGUUAUUUUUAAUGAUGUAGAAGUUUUACGUCAAACCUCUCCAGGCCGCGAACUAAGAAAAAGUAAUCGUCUUAAAGGUACUGAUGUUCAUGAGAAACAAGUUGUAAGUGAAACUUCUCGUCGAUCAGGAAUAAAACGUCGUCAUUCUAACUCACCGACAAGGAGACCUUCUAAUGAGUCUACUUUAACACAUAGUUCACAAAGUACGACAACAUCUGAAUAUUGUCCUAUUAGUCCAUCUAUAAAGAAGAUUUCAACUACUUACGGUGAUAAAUGUUAUGUUGGCAUUGAUAGUAAUGGAGGAAUAGGCUUACGAAAGAGGUCUAGAGUCUAAGGCGAUGAAAGUAAAACUGAUUACUUACUUAACAAUUUUCAUCUAACUUAUCUUUAUUCAUUGCAUAUUCUUUGUUUUUAACCGUCAAAGAUAUUUAUAAAUCAUUAUCUUCUUCUGUCAUUGUUUAUUUUCGACGUAUUGUAAUAUUUGCAUCAUAGUUUAUAUCGGUUAUAAAAACACAAAACAUGUUCAUCGUUUAG